CAAUUUGGUCCUCGUCCUCUUCUUCAUCACUCCCCCUUUCUCUCUCUCUGCUUCGCUCGAGAGUGUGAAAAAACUAGGGUUUGGGUGUUUUUUUAAUAUCCUUCUCGUGCGACGAGAUCUCCGAUUCCGCAAACGAUGCGCCGGCCGCCGGCUUUGCUCCGCCGCUGGGUGUGUCUUUCCUCUCUAUUCUGGUUCCUUCUUCUCCUCCUCCCACUGGGAACCUUUGCCAGCUCGGUUGAAAUAGAAGCGCUGCUCCAGUUUAAGGCUUCCGUUACCUCCGACCCUGCCGGGGUUCUCGCUCUCUGGUCUGAAUCUAGCGGUUCUGGCCACUGCGAGUGGCCUGGCGUCUCCUGCGACGAAAGAUCCAGAGUAGUGGCGCUCAACAUCUCAAGCCAAGGUGGAGGCGGCGCGGGGUUUGCCUCCUGUUCCCGUUCAGGACCGUUCUGGAAGCGCUGCCCGGAUCCUGCGCGGCGGCUCGGUGGGAAGCUGAGCCCUGCUGUGGGCGUACUGGCAGAGCUUAGAGUGCUUUCCUUGCCGUUCAAUGCCUUCGGUGGGGUGAUCCCUGGCGCGAUCUGGGAGUUGGAGAAGCUCGAAGUGGUCGUUCUCGAAGCUAACUCGUUCUCCGGCUUCCUGCCGUCGAAGUUCCCACCUGCUUUGAGGGUGCUAAACCUGGCUUCGAAUUUGAUCGGUGGUGAGAUUCCUGUUUCUCUUUCUAGUAAUGCUGAUUUGGAAACAGUAGAUCUCUCUGGCAACCAACUCAAUGGCACCAUCCCUGGUUUUCUCACCAGUUUUGUUGGCCUCAGAGAGCUUUAUCUGUCGUUUAAUCAGCUUGGUGGUACGAUCCCAGUUGAACUCGGGAGUGGUUGCCGUAAUCUGCAGCAUUUGGACCUUUCCGGCAAUCUUCUGGUUGGUAGCAUUCCUCGUAGCUUGGGAAAUUGUGGUGAGCUUCAGUCGCUCAUUUUAUCAGCCAAUCUUUUGGAUGAUGCCAUCCCUCUAGAGUUUGGUCGAUUGAGAAAGCUUCAAGUUUUGGACGUUUCAAGGAACUCUCUUAGUGGGCCUGUGCCUGUUGAUCUCGGAGGAUGCCUGGAAUUAUCUGUUCUUGUGCUUUCUAACCCUUACAAUCCAACAAUCUUGUCUGAAAUUUUGAGCUAUGCUGACAGUGAGGAGUUCAAUUAUUUCCAAGGUAAGCUCGCUGAAAACAUUACAAUGCUGCCAAAACUUAGAGUGUUAUGGGCACCAAAGGCAAUGCUCGAGGGAGAGAUACCCAACAGUUGGGGUGCUUGCAAGAGCUUAGAAAUGGUUAAUUUGGGAGAAAAUAUUUUUACUGGGGGAAUCCCAAAAGCUUUUGGCCAAUGCCACAAUCUUAAGUUUCUUAAUCUGAGCUCAAACAAGCUGUCUGGUUUGAUUUAUCGGGAUCUUCCCGUGCCUUGUAUGGAUAUUUUUGACAUAAGUGGGAAUUUUCUUUCUGGUUCCAUUCCAACCUUUAAUUUGAAAUCUUGUCCUAUUUCUCACUUGCCACCGGAUGGCCUAGCUUCUGGCUAUUCUUCAUUCUUUUUUUAUAGAACAAAGGUUAGAAUCUCAUUGACGAUUGGUCAUGAUAUUACAGUUUUUCAUAAUCUUUGCCAGAAUAAGUUUACUGGCGGUUUGCCAUCUUUACCACUUUUGACUGACAGAUUAAGCCAGGCAGUCUAUUCUUUCUUAGUGAAUGAUAAUAAUAUCUCUGGGCCGCUGGAUGAUGUGGCAUUUCAUAAAUGCAAUGAAUUGAAAGGAGCAAUCAUAGAUCUGAGUAAUAACUGGAUUUCUGGACAACUCCCUUCAGAAAUUGGUUCUACAUUCCUUUCACUUGUGGUUCUUAAUGUUUCUGGUAAUCAGAUCACUGGUGUGAUUCCUCAAGAUAUUGGGCUGUUGACUAAUGUUGUUCGUUUAGAUUUCAGCAGAAACCUUUUCCACGGUGAGAUUCCCCCAACGUUUGAGAAUUUGGAGCAUUUGCAGUAUCUCUCACUGCAAAAGAACAAUCUUACAGGGAGCAUCCCAACUGGUUUUGCUCAGUUGCAUGAUCUCGAGGUUUUAGAUCUUUCUUCUAAUUGUCUGUAUGGGGAAAUUCCAAGAAGCAUUUUAAGCCUGAAGAAUCUUAGCAUUCUUCUUCUUGAUAAUAACAAUCUUUCUGGAAAAAUUCCGAUUGGUUUGGCUAGCAUGCCAUCUCUGUCAAUGGUGAAUGUGUCAUUCAACAAUUUGUCUGGAUCAUUACCAAACAAUGCCAGUGUAUUGACAUGUGACAGUAUCCUAGGAAACCCUUUGAUCAAGUAUUGUCCUGUAAAGUCUCUCUCUAUUACACCAUCUGGAUGGCAGGGGCACAGUGCACAAGAUUCUACUGAUUCUUCAUCUGCAAGUCCAUCAAACAAUAAUAACAAGACUGCUUUUAGUAACAUUGAGAUUGCCUCAAUAGCAUCAACUGCAGCCAUUGUUUCUGUCCUUUUAACUUUGAUUGUCGUCUACAUAUACACAAGAAAAUGUGCCCCGAGAUUUGCUGCUCGAUCUUCAAGAAGUAGAGAAGUCACGCUUUUCACAGACAUUGGCGUUCCAAUUACAUUUGAGACAGUUGUGCGUGCUACUGGCAACUUUAAUGCAAGCAAUUGUAUAGGACAUGGAGGCUUUGGUGCAACUUACAAAGCAGAGAUUUCACCUGGAGUGUUGGUGGCUAUAAAAAGGCUUUCCAUAGGAAGAUUUCAAGGAUUACAACAGUUCCAUGCUGAGAUCAAGACACUUGGGAGACUGCGGCACUCAAAUCUUGUUACUUUAAUAGGGUACCAUCUCAGUGAGGAAGAAAUGUUUCUCAUUUACAACUACUUAUCAGGCGGAAAUCUUGAGAGGUUUAUACAAGGGAGGCACAAAAGAGCUGUUGAUUGGAGAGUACUGCACAAAAUUGCUCUGGACAUUGCAUGUGCACUUGCUUACCUGCAUGAUCAUUGUGUACCUCGCAUUCUCCACAGAGAUGUUAAACCAAGCAACAUUUUGUUAGACAAUGAAUGCAAAGCGUAUCUUUCUGAUUUUGGUUUGGCAAGGCUUCUGGGGAACUCAGAGACACAUGCUACUACUGGUGUGGCUGGAACAUUUGGUUAUGUUGCUCCAGAGUAUGCAAUGACUUGCCGUGUUUCUGAUAAGGCUGAUGUAUACAGCUAUGGUGUGGUGCUGAUGGAAUUGAUAUCAGACAAGAAAGCCUUGGAUCCGUCAUUUUCUCCAUAUGGGAAUGGCUUUAAUAUUGUUGCUUGGGCUUGCAUGCUUCUCCGUGAGGGACGGGCUCGUGAGUUCUUCAUGGAAGAACUCUGGGAAAUUGGGCCUCACGAUGAUUUGGUGGAAACAUUGCAUCUAGCCAUCAUGUGUACAGUUGAUUCACUUUCGACAAGGCCAACAAUGAAGCAAGUUGUUCAGCGGUUAAAGCAGCUCCAACCUCCUACUUUCUAGAGCAAAUAUACCUGCAUAAUUAACCCCGUCAUAGUAAUUACAUUUCAAAUUUCAGGUGGUCCUUUUUUCUAAUCACCUUCAUGAAUAGUUUAUCAAUCUUAAAUUUAGUCCUUUAGGUGAUGAUGUUGGCUGAUUUAGUUGCGAAGACAGAGAGAGUCAGUUGUAUAUUGACCAGAUUGAUUCAAGAUAUAUCACUGUAGACUUUGUAUAGUUUGUUCGGUAUUUUCUCCAUGUCCAUGACAGUCAAGGUAUGCCUUUCUUUCACACUUUUUAACUAGUCUACUGAUUUCAAGAGAACGAUCGUGUUGGUAUUAUAAA